GUUGGCCGGAAUGGGAAAUCUGCGAUAAAAUAAUAAUUGGCGUCUUAAGUAUAUAAUCCCAACAAAACAUGUUCUUCAUGUAUGUUCUUUUGCAUGUAUGGUUUUUGAAUUCUGUCUUUAAUUGCAAUUCUAAAACAUCAUAAAACAGGCCAAUUCUAGUCAUAUACUCAUAUAUGAUAUACGUGUGUAAAUAAUACAUUAUAUACACGAUAAGACUUACAAAGAAGAGUCCCUAGCAGAUGACAGAGAACACGGAACCAGAUUUUCAAGAAGUGCAGGAGGACAAUUGCGGCUUCAAAUGGGACGACGAAUCUCAGCUAUACUUCCACGCCAGUAGUGGAUUUUAUCAUGACCCAAGUGCUGGCUGGUACUACAGCAGUAGGGAUGGUCUCUAUUACAAGUUUGAGAAUGGGAAUUAUGUCCUGUUGGAAUCGGAAAAGGGUGAUCAACCUGAGUUGAACCAGUGUGGAGGAACUGAUGAACCCACUACAGCCUGCACGGAGUGUGUUAACAGUGAUCUACAUGAAAAUCCACCUCCUCCAUCAGAAUGGUUAGAAGAUACACUUAUUGAUCUUUAUCUAUCCGGUUAUUCCAAUCAAGCAAUCAAUGCUGCGUGCGAUACAAGGGUGCUUGUGGAAACAGAUGGCAUGGAUAGCUCAAAUUUGUCAGCUGAUGGAAAUGAUGAUUCUUAUGAACUAGAAGAAGGUGAAUGGAUUCCGGAUGACAGUCAUGGUGCAACUGAUUCAAGUGGAAAUGUCUUAGAUGAGGUUGCUUCUUGGGAUGAAGAAAACUGGAGAGCUCAGUAUGGUCAAGUCAUUCAAUCUGGUGAAGAGUCAGUGCCAGAUUUAUCAGCAGUCGAUUUAUGGGAUUGGACAAUAAUUGCGGGGACCAGAAAGGAUGGAAAAGGUCAGGUGGCUAGGCUGGUUGGGAGACUGGUAAAACCGUCCACUAAGCUUCAUCCCUCAAUGCCAUCCCGCGGUGGUGUACUAAAAACUGCUCCAAUACGUGAAGUGCGUCUUGACUUGGUACGAGUUACGUCAGGGCAAAUAUAUAAAUUGAGGAGUCCUAGCGCACGAUACUUGGGUUCCUUGCCAACAUAUGAUUCCUCCAACCCAACAAAAGAUUGGGGCUUCCCAGAACUGUCAAUGGAUAAGCAAAUGAGGACCAUGCCUAAAUCCAGUGGAAAAUGUGAAUCCGAAAUGACAGAGGAAGUUCCUUCCAACAGGGAUUUAUCUUUGCUGCCAGACGGUCUCUCUGCAUCAAGAAAGCAUAAAAGCCAUGGGUAUAGGGAUAGAGCUGCUGAGAGAAGAGCCUUGCAUGGUGGUUAUGGUGUAAGUCCAGGACAGAAGAAAUCAUCAUUUGAUGUGGAUUUUGCCCCGUCUUCUUCUGUUUCUGCUUCUCCAGAGGAGGCUGCAGUGGUGUCCUUGAACAUGUCAUUUGGAGCUGGUAGCUAUGCCAGAAAAAUUCCAGAAAGCAAGGGCUGGAAGGAGCAUAAAAGCCAUGGGUAUAGGGAUAGAGCUUCUGAGAGAAGAGCCUUGCAUGGUGGUUAUGGUGUGAGCCCAGGACAGAAGAAGUCAUCAUUUGAUGUGGAUUUUGCCCCGACUUAUUCUGUUUCUGCUUCUCCAGAGGAGGCUGCAGCAGAGUCCUUGAACAUGUCAUUUGGAGCUGGUAGCUAUGCCAGAAAAAUUCUAGAAAACAUGGGCUGGAAGGAGGGAGAGGCUCUUGGCAAUAGCACAAAGGGUUUGACGGAGCCAUUACAAGCGGUUGGAAACAAAGGAAAUGCAGGGUUAGGGUGGGAUCAAAGCAGAAGAAAGUACAAUUGAGUUCAUGAGUUUGUCUUUCUGUUAAUUUUAAAUGAAAAUAGGUCGUCUUUUUGGUUCCCAAGGUAGAUCUCUUAUGUUUUAGCGUGUCCAGUUUGGGUGUGUUCCAAGUUUAUUUCUGAGCAUAUAAAAUAUGUUUUUCUUCUUUU